AUGGUGCAAACAAUUCCUUUCGGAAGUAUCCAGGUCCCGGUGCCAGGCUACGGAGCCAUGGGCCUCAGCCAUGGCCUAGGGAGCAACUUGAGCCUCGAAGAAGCCGAGCCUGUUCUCCUGAAGGCCAUUGAGCUUGGAUGCACCUUCUGGGAUACCGCACGAAAGACCUUUGAAUUUAACCUUGAUGAGGAUCAGGUAAUUUAUCGCCAAGGCGUCAAUGAGAAGCUCCUUGGAGAUUUUAUUCGCAAGCACAACCUCCGUGACAAAAUCUUCAUGCCUGGUCUAGUCGCUUCAAAAUGUGGCAUUGAUGCGGAUUUCAAAGUUACCAACUCAGCCUCACACAUCGCAGAGUACAUUGAGGGUACUAUCGAGAGAUUAGGAUUUGCGCCGGACCUAUAUUACCUUCACAGAAUUGAUCCAAACACUCCGCUUGAAGAGUCUAUCCCUGCUCUCGACGCACUCCGAAAGCAAGGAAAGACCAAGUACAUUGGGCUUUCGGAAUGCUCAGCUGCAACUCUCCGUAAAGCCAAUUCCAUUGCAAAGAUAGAUGCCAUCCAGGCAGAAUAUUCGGCAUUUGAGACUAUCCACGAAACAGAUGGACUCAUCGACACGGCGAAUGAGUUGGGAGUGGCAUACGUGGCCUAUAGCCCAUUGGGUCAUGGCUGGCUGGUUGAUGAUUUUCCUUUCAAGACACCCGACGACUUCGCCGCGGACGACUUUCGCCGAGGAUCCCCUAAAUUCCAAGGAGAAAACUUCUUCAAGAACAAAGCCAUUGUUGAGGCGAUGAAGCAGCUGGCGGUCAGGAAAGGCUGCACCUUGCCUCAAAUCGCUCUAGCCUGGGUCGCCGCACAGGGGAUGAUCGCCAUCCCUGGAACCACCAAAGUGCAGCGACUGGAGGAGAACUUUUCUUCAAGGAACGUGGAUCUUACAGAUGAGGAGAAGAAGGAAAUCAGGCAGAUUGUGAACGAUGCUAAGCCCGCCGGGAACCGGUACGGCCCUGCUCACCAAGCAAUGGUCGGACAUUAG